UGCAGCCAGCCGUGGUUAGCAUCGCCCCCCCUCAGCAGCAGCAGCAGCAGCCUGGUGUGUGACGUGUCUCUGAUGCUCCGAACAAAAGGUAGUUGAUUGAAAGAGAAACCUCUUCUGACAACCUCUCUGACACCAUGGCCCCCCACCCGGCAGUCCAGGCCUUCAUUGAUCUCUCUGCAGGAGCCGUAGGGGGAGCUGCGUGUGUCUUCAGUGGGCAGCCCCUGGACACGGCAAAGGUCAAGAUGCAGACCUUCCCUACGAUGUAUCGGGGUUUCGUCCACUGCAUCACGUCCACCUACAAACAAGUGGGUCUUCGUGGUUUCUACCAGGGCACCACGCCGGCACUGAUGGCCAACAUCGCAGAGAACUCCGUGCUCUUCAUGAGCUAUGGCUUCUGCCAGCAGGUCAUCCGCUUCACGGCCGGACUGGACAGUAAAGCUGCGCUGAGUGAUGUGCAGAAAGCCUGUGCUGGCUCAAUAGCAUCCAUCUUCUCCUCGCUAGUUCUCUGCCCCACUGAGCUGGUUAAGUGUCGGCUGCAAGCCAUGUAUGAAAUGGAGGCGUCAGGAAAGAUAGCUAAAAGCCAGAACACAGUCUGGUCUGUGGUGAGAUCCAUCAUAAGGAACGAGGGACCGGUCGGCUUCUUCCAGGGCCUGACCACCACCAUAGCCAGAGAGAUCCCUGGGUACUUCUGCUUCUUCGGCGCCUACGAGCUCAGCCGCACCACCUUCGCAGACUACAUGAAAUGUGACAAGGACGACUUAGGUGUGGCUCCAAUUAUGUUCAGCGGGGGUUUCGGGGGGGCAUGUCUGUGGCUGGUGGUCUAUCCUAUGGACUGUGUCAAAUCUCGGAUCCAGGUCAUGUCCAUGACGGGCAAACAGGCUGGGUUCUUCAAAACCUUCAUGACCAUCGCUCGUGGUGAAGGUGUGAGGGCGCUCUACUCUGGUCUCACCCCCACCAUGGUCCGCACCUUCCCUGCCAACGGUGCACUUUUCCUGGGUUACGAAGUCAGCCGGAAGCUCAUGAUGAAGCAGUUUGAUAACUAAAAAUACGAACUGGUAUCAGAGCCAAAGCCCUCAACAGAACUCCAGUUGAAGCUUGUAAUGUGUAGGAUGUGGUUUUUGCCGGUUCCUACUUUUUUUAAACGUACCUAAAAAACUGACCCACUCCAUCUCUUUCUAACUGAAGAAAAUAUCUUAGUGUUCACAUCUUUUAAAACCUAAUAUAUUUUUAGAUCUAAAUAUCCUUUUUAACACUCCUAAAAUUCUACAGUGCAAUGAGGAAAUCACGCACAAUGUACUGAAAAACAUCAACCAGCCUCUUUUCGAGGGAAUGUCGAAACUCCGGUUUAUUGUUUUAUGUCUACCUCAACAAAGUCGGAUUCGCACAGAAGUAUUUAUCUGCCAGUCAUUCAAAAUCGCUCUUUACUCGCUGAGUAUGAGAAGUACUAUGAUAGGUUUAAAGAUAUUAUUUAAAGGUCCAGUUUGCAGGACUAAGGAUCAACUUGCAGUAAUGGAAUUGUGGGUUUAUCAGUGUAUUAUCAGCGGAAACCAAGAAUGGUUGUGCUUUCUUUACCUUUUUGUUAAUCCUAAAACCCUGUUUGAGCUCAUUUACAUUCAGAUUUUAUUUGAAAGGAAACUAGUGAAGUGUCGUAUACUAAUCCAUUUAAGUUGCCAAAAUUAUGUUGUCAUGACAUAUUUCCAGCUUCAGAGGUUCAGGUUCAAAGUUUUGUUUUCGUUGUGUUAAAAAAAAAUUUUUACAUCUGCUGACAUUUGCUUAAUUUUCACACUAAGUAGCUUUUGGUUUUCAAAUAGUGUUGACUGAAAACGUAUCAGUUUCCAUUACCUUGAAAUAAACCACAAUGACAACCAGCAAGUGUUAAUAGUUGAGCCUAAACAUGUUCAUAUCACUGGUCAUAUGAUUUCGAAAUCUUGUUGUUGUUUGACUGUUUUUAUUUCACCAUGUUAUUAUUCCACUCCUGUUGUCUCCACUCAUCAGGAGACUCAGUGUUUUGCCUUUUAAAUCUCUUAGAUUUUGCCUUUUUUGUUGUAUAACCUUUGUUGUUGUGUACAGGUCAAUGAGAGCGUCUCAGCUGCCUUGUGUAAUGUGUCAUUUGCACACUGCAUUCAAAGCGUAAGAUGUUUUAUCUGUUUUUUCCGCCAGUGCUUUUAGGAGUUGCCAAUUCAGAAUUAUCAUUCAUAUUCCUACAAUUUUAAAUGAGAAAUGUGGGACUUUAUGUAGAAAACUUCAACAGUUUGAGAUGAAAUUUAGAGAUUUGUAUAGAGAUCAAUCCAGCUGUUGUAAUAUAACCUACAUUAAAUGCGUUGCUAGA